AUGGAGGAGCCCGAAAAAGUGGGCGGCCAUGAAACAAUCGAACAUGUCAAGUCAGGGCAUUCCGCCGUCACGGAUCGCGCCGCUGAGAAACGUCUGCUCUGGAAGCUAGACAUCCACGUCGUUCCGAUCCUGAUGUUCCUCUUCCUUCUUGCCUUUCUCGAUCGAAUCAAUAUCGGCAAUGCCCGACUGCAAGGGCUAGAGAAGGACUUGAAUAUGAAGAACCAUGACUACAACAUUGCGUUGUUCAUAUUUUUCAUCCCGUAUAUUCUCCUGGAAGUUCCGAGCAACCUUUUUCUGAAGAAGAUUGCUCCUUCAACAUGGCUCAGUGGGAUCAUGUUUGGGUGGGGCAUUAUUACUAUCUGUCAAGGAGUCACCCAAAGUUUUGGGGGAUUGGUUGCGUGUCGGUUCUUACUGGGUGCUUUUGAAGCUGGGUUCAUGCCAGGAUCCAUCUAUCUAAUUGCGAUGUACUAUCAACGUCAUGAGCUUCAGUGGCGACUGAACGUGUUCUUCAGUGCCAGUAUUUUGGCCGGCGCAGUCAGCGGGCUGCUUGCCUAUGCCAUUGCGAAGCUAGACGGAAUUGCUGGAUAUAGCGGGUGGCGCUGGAUCUUCAUCAUUGAAGGCCUGGUCACUGUGGUCACCGCAGUUGUUUCCAAAUUUCUCAUCGUGGACUGGCCUGAGACCUCUCGCUUCUUGAACGACCAGGAGCGAGCGUUGCUACUUUCUCGACUUUCGGAGGAUCGGGGACAGGCACGAAUGGACCGGCUGGAUCGCGCAGCCCGGGGGCGCGUUCUCCGCGAUAUCAAGAUCUAUCUUGGUCCGUUGAUGUACUUCGGCAUCGUGAACACGGGAUAUGCCACGUCCUUCUUCACCCCGACGAUCUUGAGGCAGCUCGGCUGGACGUCCGUGCGAGCGCAGGUCAUGAGUAUCCCGAUCUACAUCGUCGCGACUGUCAUCGCCCUCGUCACAGCCCUCGUUAGCGACCGACUGCGCCACCGGUUUGCCUUCACGCUCUGUGGGUGUGUUAUCGCGACCAUCGGCUACGUGAUCCUCAUCUGCCAGAAGUCCGUCCCCGUGGGCGCGCGAUACUUUGCACUGUACGCAAUCACCGGGGGUGGCUACAUGACCCAGCCCAUCCUGAUGGGCUGGCUCAGCAACAAUAUGGCGGGACACUAUAAGCAAUCGAUUGCCGCCGCGAUGCAGAUUGGGUUCGGAAAUUGCGGUGGCCUGGUUGCUAGCAACAUCUUCUUUGACUCAGAAGCCCCCACGUACCGCACUGGGUUUGGUGUGAGCCUGGGGAUGGUGUGGAUCUGUGGGGUAUCCUGCCUGGUCUUCUUUGCUUGGCUGGUGCGGGAGAAUCGACUGAGAGAAGCUGGCAAGAGGAAUCAUCGCUACGAGUGGCCGCAGGAGGAGCUGAGCAAUCUUGGCGAUGGUCACCCCAGCUUUCGAUUUACAUAUUAG